CUUCUCGUUAUAUGAUGUGCUGUUAGUCGAUUUUUGACCCUCCAAGUGAGUCAUUGUCAUGGCUUAGAAGUAGAUGGGAAGCGGAAGGAGCUGGUAUCCAUCCUCGUGUCGUCGGAAUGGGGUACGGAAAUAAGUAAACAUCUUCGAAUUCGAGCUGCUCUUCAGACGCAGUUGCAUGGAAGAAGAAGUCAGUCCCAAAGGUGUCUUCAAUGUAUUCGAAAAAGUGAAAUAGCCGAGUAGCUACUUACAAUAAUAGAGAUAUUACCGAAAGAAGAGCAACGUAGUGGAUACAGGUCAAACUGUGGACGGCGAGCCAACUCCUAAUCCUAAUCCUACUCUUUUACUUCAGUCACUAACUCGGUUCUUUUAAGAUUUCGAAUACGUUUCACCAGCAGACGAGUGUUGUGGCACAGGCUUACCCUGCAGCAGAAGGUAAGUUCAUUCCUAUUCUAUCCUAAUGCUCAUGUGGACGAUCAUGUACGAGUCAAAAGAUCCUCACUAUGCCUGUCCCUCCUCGUCCUCGCGCCCAAGACCCACGUGCUCCCAAACUACUUUUGUGCUGGACAUCAAGUAUCAAGAUUCGGUUUGA